AUGUAUGGUCCGGCAAAAAGCGAAUCUUCCAAACCUCGAUACUCCAAAUUGCGGGCAUCCUGCGACACAUGCUUCCUUGCAAAAGUGAAAUGCAGUAAAGCCCGGCCAAUAUGUUCACGAUGUCUUGUCUGCGGUGCUGAUUGCAAGUACUCGCCAUCUUCUCGAGCAGGCAAGCCCAAAUCCGAUGGCAGUCAUAGGCGGCAGUCAAAGGACGUGUCGAAACAGGAGGAGUCUGCAAUACAAUACCCAACACCUUCGAUGAGCAUCGAUGUCGAGCAGGCGAAUUCAUAUGGGAUGGACCAAGAAUGGUCGUCUAUCAUGGGAUCUCCGGAUACUUCGAUGCAUCACAGACAGUCGAUGUCCUCGAGUGCAGUUCCGGUUCCUGGAGACGAGGGAGGAUCAGAUCCAGAAUCUGGGGCCAACCAAGAUGUUUUCGACCCGGUAUUUUCAUGGACCAAUUCGCCAGGAACGGACAUGGCCUCUCCAUACCUCGACUCAAACACACAACAUCAACAUAUCUACCACCAACAAUCAAAAUCCUUAGUCAAUCCAUCCACUGCACAACCAUUGCUCGUUUCCUGGUACGACCAACCCGACUACUCUACCUCAGCAUCCGGUCCCGUCACAGGCCAUUCUAUGUACAUAUCUCAUAAUUCCGCGCUGCCCAGAAACCCGACCUGCAACUGCUUCAACACAUGCCUAUCAGCCCUCCAAGCGCUCCACAAUUCCGACGCCCUCACACCCUCCUCUCCCUUCGACAUCAUCCUAACUAUCAACCAGCGCGCCGUUGAAACCUGCUCAACCAUGCUCAACUGCCCAAUCUGCACCUCCAAAUCCGGAUCUAGUCUCCGAACCAUGCUCCUGGGUACCAUCCUGGGGCGUAUCAUAUCGAUCUACCAGGACGCAUCGAAGAACUACUUUGCGCUCACAUCCUCCUCUUCAUCCAGCCAAAAUGGCGGGCAGCAACUCCCACAACCUCCUCUGCCCCUCACGUUCGGGACGUAUCGCGUCGCGAAUGAAGAUGUCAGGUGGUUGCAGAUGGAGAUUAUUUUGCGGGAUCUGAAGAAGCUCCAGGAAUUGUUCGCGAAGUUUCAGGAGACGAGUUUGAUGAGUGAGAGUGAGGAGGAUGCGGGCAUGCAUGGGGCGGUGAGCAAUUAUUUGUGUCGGAGUUUGAACGUUACCUUUGAGUCGUUGAGGAAGCAGAGGAGUUUUACAGGGGCGCAAUAUUGA